AUGAAAAAAGUGAAUGAAUGUAAUACCGAAGAGAAAGGAAGAGCUGAUCCAAACCAAUGCAAACACUGUUUAUUACUCGAGUCUCAAAAUAGUUAUUUGUCGAGUGAAAGCGCAAACUUAAAAGAACUCAAUAAAGAGUUGUAUGAAAUGGACCAAAAGAGACAGAAAUAUGAUAUCGAGAGACAGGACUAUAUCCUACGGCUGUUGCGAACCAUUAAAAGACUGCAAUUAAGAUCGAGUCGAAUGAUCAGCGAAUCGGAAAGUGAUUGUCAGUCAAUGAGUGAACGACAGAAUAAUGUCCGCAAAAGUCAACCACAAGACGAAGAGAAGGAGAGAUCGCUUUUACAGCAAAGUUAUGAAAACGCUCUCAAAGAAAACGUCAAUUUACACAAAGAAUUGGAAGAAUUGAGGAUUAAUUUCGAUAAUUUGAUCGAAGAGUUGAGCAAAAUAGAGAGCGAACACAUCCAAGUGCUCCAAAUGCACACUAAUCUUUACAAAGAGGACUUCGAUUGCGAGCGACGGCAGAAGGAAAACGCUUUGAAUGAAUUGCAAAAACACAGGAAAGAAAAUGAAAGUUUGAGAACUAUUUGUGCGAAUUAUGAUCAAAAGUUGCAAAUAUUUGUUCAACUCUUUAAAAACCAAAGCCUUUCGACACAACGAGAAGUGAAACAGAGCUCUAGUCUUACCAAAGUUGGGGUCAAAGAAGAGACAAACCGAACCCAUUCACUGCCACAUGAGUUCAGACAUAAAAUCAAUAAAACCAAUGAUUUAAACAAAAGCCAAACCAACAGUCAAUCAAAUUCAGAGAUUUGCAAAUCCGAUGAACUGCUCGAAUGUCCCAAUUGUCGGAUCCUUUUUCCCAUUCAAUUUCACGAACAACUUCUCCAGCAUUUCGAGAAAUGUCAACGAAAUAUUUGA